UUCAUCAGAAAUUACUCGGCAUAGAAAACUUCGUCGACGUGUUAAAAUCCAAAGUACAAGACAAUUUAUUAAUAAAUGAAUUUGUUAUGACAGCAUUCAUAGCAAAGGACAUUUUAAAUAAUUUGAAGCGCAUACAAGAUAAUUUAUUGGAUACUGUCACGAAUAUUUUUAAUGGGAAAGUAAAUUUUCAUCUUCUGUCACCAUAUCAAUUGUGGCAUGAAUUAAACAUCAUAUCUGGGCAAUUACCAAAGGAUUAUGCGUUACCAGUUGAAAAUGCUGAUUUUACACAAAUAUAUAACCUCAUGAAGAUACGGGCAAGAAUCACUAAGAAAUAUAUCUUAUUAGAAAUCAAAAUACCGCUUAUCAGUCGGGACAGUUACGAAAUAUUUCAAAUGAUUCCCAUCCCUCGCAAACUAGAUGAACAGAUGAUUAAGAUUUCACCUAUAUCGGAAUAUACAGCAAUUAGUUUAAAAAGGGACACAUUUUUAUCAAUGACUGAGAAGGAUAUAUCGUCGUGUCUAGAGUUAGGAAUGAUACAAUUGUUAUGUCACAUCAAGACACCCGAGUAUCGAAUGACCGAUGAUUCAUUUAUGUGCAAGACAGAAACGAACCCGUCUGAAUGUACAAUUAUCAAGAACAGGUGUACUGAUCAAAUGACAAAGCUACAUACAUCGGAAUCAUAUUUGUAUUUUUGCUGUAACGAGUGCCGCUUGAAACUGAUAUGCGAAGAUCAAAUUACUGGGUUACAACUAUCGAACGCUGGGUUGUUGACGGUAGGUCAUGGUUGUCUCAUCAAAUCUAAAGAAUUUACUGUAUAUACACAUAAGCAAGAUCAAACAAAAAUAGUCCUAGAACAUAAACUCUUAACGCCGAAUAUUAAUCCGAUUAACAACAUAAUCAAUAUUUCUUUGCCUCAUAUAGAAAACAUUGCUCUAAAUGCUACUGAUGUAGCCGACCAUCAUAGAAGGUUGUCAGCUAUUGAGAAACAAAUAAAUAAUAUGAAGCAAGAAGUGCCAAUUUUGAAUGAUGUAUCAAGUCAUGAUAUUCAUCAUUAUGCUGCUAUAUAUAUUAUUGUGGUGAUAUUGGCAUUGGUUGGUGUAGCAGCCGCAUGGAGACAGUUCCAGAAGUGCCGGCGCAAAGACGUCACGUCGAGACCAGCUAUCCAGCCGGGCGUGUCCUGGUCGGGUCGUCGUCGUGAUAGUGUAGUGAGUGUUGUGAGUGAUAACACAAUAAGUGCAAGUGUCGAUAAGGCUACAUCGCCUAUUGUGAGCAAAAGUGUUAGUUUUAAGGAAUUCGAUUCAACAUAAUUGUCGGGUUUCACUUGUUAUCAUAUACUAACCAUUAGAUUUAAUUAAAAUUGUAAAUCAUCUUGUAUCAUUAAAUCAUAUUAACAAGUCAUUCCUCAUCUUUCCCUCGGGAGCAUGUACGGUGCAACCGUACAAAUUUGCACUCUCAGCAUUUUAUUCUAUUACGCAAAUAUCGAUACUUCUAGCUUCAGUUCGCGUACCGCUGAGCAACAAGCCGCGCGUGCUCAUAUCAAGCAAUUAUCAAUAAACAAUUAGUCUCAUCCCAUCAUUAACAUUUUAUAGUGUUAAGUUUAUAUCAAUAAACUGUCGAUCAUUUAUAUCAAGUGUUGUUCUUUAUCAUAUCAUCAUCAAAACAAACUAUAAGGUGUAUGGUGCUGAACCUAGACCGUACACUGUCAGACUGUCUAAAUAUCAUUUUAUAUAAACGUUAGGUGACAAAACACUAACAGACAGAGCUUCGGUGACGGAUGUGUGUGCUCGGCUUAAUAAUAUAGUGCGCCUAUAAAAUUGUAUACAUUUUAAAAUAAUACUUUUGUGAUAUCGCAACUACACUUAAAUCUAUGUUAUGCAUAGUGCAGGCUAAAUAAAAAAUACCUUGCAGUGCUGAUCUCAUGAAUACAUUCCGGUUUUCAAUUGUACACAGCUAAGUGUAGAUAAUACUUUUAAAUUUCAUUCACUGUCACAGUUAUUUUUAAGUGACUCAAUUUAUGGGAUAACAGAGCUCUGAGCUAGGCAGCUGCAUUGAGUUAUAAGGGCAAGUAUUGUUGGGGGUGGCGUGGUGCAAGGGUGUGAUAAUGUGUGCGUUAUGCGGUGAAGCAGGUGAUAUCGUACGACUCGUCGCGCGGCGGCGUGUCGGUGGUGACGGAGAAGGGCGCCGCGACCACCUCGUAUCUGCUGGUGCAGGACGCGGCGCCCUCCGACUCCGGCCGCUACUCAUGCUCGCCAUCCAACGCGGAGGUCGCCUCCGUACGCGUGCACGUGCUCAAUGGCGAGCGGCCGGCGGCAAUGCAAACAGGCUCGGCGGGGCUGUCGAACAGCUCGCGGUGUAUCGUGGCGCUGCUGGUGGCGUGCGCUGCG